AUGGCCUUGGUUUCGCGGAAUUUCGCCGAGUACUACCAUGAACUGGUCACGCGGGAGCCGUUGCCGGAGGAACUGCUCCUGCGCGUCUGUCGCGAGGAGAGGAGCGCGCGGAAGCGCAUCGAGCAGGAAGUCAACGCCGGUGUGGUGGACCUUCUGCACGUGAUGGGCAUCAUGAUCAGCGACCGCAAGAAGAAGGAAAAACACUCCUCUCACCUUGUCUCGUACGACAAGCACACGCUCAUGAUCAUGGAGCGGGAGACGGCGGUGUGGCUGCCGCCCAUUCCUUCGCGCAGUGUCGUGGCGCCGAAGCACCGCUUCUUCUCCGGCUUCCCCAAGACGAAAUACAACGCACUGGUGCAGCAGGAGGAGGAGUUGCGCAGCUGGUUGAUGGGCGUGGAGUCGCGCCUGCGCCACCCCAUUGAAGAGUUGUGCGCGCAUUCGUGGUUCCUCUUGGUCUGCUUGCAGCAGUGUGCCGAGCGUGAGGCCACUAGCCGGGCGCGCGUGGAGCACGAUGAGAGCGAGCAGCGCCUCAUUUUUCGUCGCAAUGUCUUCCGCCUCGCUCCGCCGGACUACUUCCGCUAUUUGUGGACGGAGCGGUACGGCACGAAGGAGGAUGCGGUGGAACGGCCGUUUGCAGAGGUGUGGCAGGAUUCUCGCACCGCCAUUGAGCAGGAGGAACAGGACGACUGGCGCUGCAUGCUGCGCUGGCUCUUCGACAUGUACGGUGUGCGCCUCUUCUCUGUCAUCCGCAGGGAGGUGUCGUCGCGCUACGAGAUAGAGGAGGAGGAGCGCGCCGAGCUGUGGUCCGACGUGCUGCAACUUACCCGGAGCACGUUCGGCCCGUACAACAAGAACACCGCGUCUGUGGCGUGGCACGGAGGGGGCCACACACCAGUGCUGCGUGACUUGACGCUGUACAUGGCGGAUAUCGAGGCGGAGCACCACACCACCCCGGGGCCGGACGACACCGCGGAGGAGUCGUCGUGUGAGAAGGUAGACAUUGUCGCGGGCGAAGAGAAGGACGCGUGGCGUGAAAUCAACGACGACAGCGCGGCUGCGGCCGGUGCUGAGAACGACGUGGCACCGGUGAAGCCACCCCUCCAAAACGCCUUGUCGGGAAACCCAUCAGCCAAUGAGGUGGACGCCUCCACCCCUCGUGCGGCGGAGCUUGAGGACGAAAACAAAAAACCUGAACAACUUGUCAAGGACGACGAGAUUGCCCAGUAUGAAGAACUGGAGGAACCAAAGGAUGCUGAUCGGUAUAAGGAACUGGAGGAGCCGACGGCGGAAACACAGAAUGACAAUGGGGAAGUUCAGGCGGAGGAUCCAUGUAUUGAAACCUCAUCGGGAAAGGCAUCGCCCAAUGAGGCCAUCGCCCAACCUUUCAAUCCGCCUCUGACCGAUGGGGACGUUAAUGUACAAAAGCAACCGGAGCAGUAUGAGGAGCAUGACGUGGUCCAAGAAGAUGAAGCGCCAGUGGAAACCCAGGGUGCUGAUCAGUCCGAGGAACCUGAGAAGCCUGACACAACCGAGUUACAGGACGAAGAUUCAAAGAUACAGGAGGAGCCUGAGCCUGUUCAUACUAAAAAAGAAAAGUUCCCGAUCACUGAGUGCGAUGACUCGUACUUCGUUGCACCCUCUGAACCUGUGAAUGCACCUAUUCAGCCAGGGCAAGUGGAAGAGCAAGAGGAACCCGCAGGGGCACCACCGGUGGAUGGGAUCCAGAAGCAAGACGAGGUUCAUCCUCUUCACGCAUCAUCUGAGAGAGGAUCGAUCGAUGAGGCUGAUGACUCCCGCAUGCCUGGGGCUGAGAAUGAUAACGAUGAGCCAGCGGCGGAGCAGCUAUACGUGGAAGAACCAUCUGAUGAGCCUGUGGCCCCUCAGCCAGUGGAGGAGAAGCCAACUGAUGAGCCAGCGGCGGAGCAGCAGUUCGAGAAAGAACUAUCUGAUGAGCCUGUGGUUCCUCAGCCAGCGGACAGCGUCCACAAGCAAGAUGAGGUUCAUCCUCUUCACGCAUCAUCUGAGAAAGGAUCGAUCGAUGAGGCUGAUGACUCCCGCACGCCUGGGGCUGAGAAUGAUAACGAUGAGCCAGCGGCGGAGCAGCAGUUCGAGAAAGAACUAUCUGAUGAGCCUGUGGCCCCUCAGCCAGUGGAGGAGAAGCCAAAUGAUGAGCCAGCGGCGGAGCAGCAGUUCGAGAAAGAACUAUCUGAUGAGCCUGUGGUUCCUCAGCCAGCGGACAGCGUCCACAAGCAAGAUGAGGUUCAUCCUCUUCACACAUCAUCUGAGAGGGGAUCGAUUGAUGAGGCUGAUGACUCCCGCACGCCUGGGGCUGAGAAUGAUAACGAUGAGCCAGCGGCGGAGCAGCAGUUCGAGAAAGAACUAUCUGAUGAGCCUGUGGCCCCUCAGCCAGUGGAGGAGAAGCCAAACGAUGAGCCAGCGGCGGAGCAGCUAUACGUGGAAGAACCAUCUGAUGAGCCUGUGGCCCCUCAGCCAGUGGAGGAGAAGCCAACUGAUGAGCCAGCGGCGGAGCAGCAGUUCGAGAAAGANCUGGGGCUGAGAAUGAUAACGAUGAGCCAGCGGCGGAGCAGCAGUUCGAGAAAGAACUAUCUGAUGAGCCUGUGGCCCCUCAGCCGGUGA